AUGCCACCAACCCAAGAAUCCAACGCCCUCGCCACCCUCUUCAACACACUCAAACCCAACAUCACGCCCACCACCACGCCAGCUAUCCGCCGCCUCCUCGGCGACCAAACCUGGCAAGUCGGCGCGGAGCCCACAAACGUAACCUACGAAGAAACCACCCUCGGCGGCUCUCCCUGCCUGAAAAUCCAUCCCCUCCAAGCCUCUCCCACCCACGCACUACUCUACUUCCACGGCGGAGGAUACCACCUCGCGUCGGCCUUCAGCGGGCACAGGAAGUUGAUAGCACAUCUGGCGAAGAGCUGCAACGUCCAAGGCUACGCGAUCGACUACCGUCUCGCGCCCGAGAACGUCUACCCGGCCGCGCACGAGGACUGUUUCGCCGCCUACCAAGCCCUCCUCGAGAAGGAAGGCUUCGAAGCGAAAAACGUCGUCCUAGCGGGCGAUUCGGCGGGCGGGGGACUCGUGGCUACGACGGCGUUGACGGCUCGUGAGGAUACGAAGCCAGCGGCGUGUGUAUUCCUCAGUCCAUGGUUCGAUCUCGCGUGCGAGAGUCCGAGUUUCCAGAGCAAUGUAGGCAAGGACGCCCUCAGCUCGCACGAGUCCGUGACGCGCAUGGCGGAGAUGUACACGGCGGGGAAGAUCGACGUCAAGGAUCCGAGGGUGAAUGCUUUGUAUGCGGAUUUGGAAGGUUUUGCGCCUUGUUGGGUUAGUGUGGCCGGGUGGGACAGUUUGGCGGAGGAUGGGAGGAGGUUUAAGGAGGUGAUGGAGGGGGCGGGAGGGGAGGUUGUGUUGGAGGUGGGGGAGGGAAUGCAGCAUAUUUAUGAGUUUAUGGUGGGGAAGGCGCCGGAGGCGGAUGGGAGUGUGCGGAGGAUUGGGGAGUAG